GAAGCGGGUAACUCCAAAAACCUGGGUCUGCGGGUCCAGAAGAAAAUGUUGGGCAAGAUGACGUCGAAGAAGAUCGCCAAGGUCUUCAUUGAUGACACCAUGGGCGAACUCCUGGACAACGUGUACAAGCUCUGCAAGGAUUACAAGCAGAGCAAGAAAGACGCUGAGAAACUCAUCAAGAAUAUCAUCAAGAUAACUGUCAAAAUAGGCAUCCUCUACCGCAAUGACCAGUUCAACGAAGAGGAGAUAAAAAUUGCAGAGGCCUUUAGGAAAAAGUUCCGGACCAUGAUCAUGACCUUUGUCAGCUUCUGCGAAGUGGACUUCACAUUUGAUAAAAACUUUAUGGUAGGAGCACUCGAUGACUGCUCAGUUCUUUUGACCAAACUGGUGGCAAGGCAUCUCACAGAUAAGUCACAAGGCAGAAUAGACUAUGUAUUUGGGUUCUUCCAGGACGGUGCUUUCAUGGACUCGCUUUUUGACCCAAACAGUCCUCUAAAACCUCACCUUACGGACAUUGUUGGAGGACUUAACAAAUUAUUAGAAGAAGGAAGCAUUUAACCCUUCGCCAUGGCCUUCUAUCUUCCAAAGUCUUUUUUAUUACAUUUCAUAGAUUUUAUCAAACUUGUAUCAUAAAUGAAGCAGAAAUGUGCAAAUAAUUGACAGUGGAAGCUCAAAGUGACUCAACUCAUAUCUGUAAGUGUUCUGUUUAUUUAUGUUGUCUUGGGAACCACCGCAAUCUUCUGUAGACUGAUGCAAUUUAUAGUGCUUAUGGAAGCACUAAAUGUGAACAUUCUGCUAUAAGGUCAUCGGUGUGCUCUGUAGGAUAAAAACCAUGGUUGGGUAUCCUGAUCUUUCAGCAGUUGUAAAUAAUUAUUUGCCUUAUUCAUAAAGCAUAGAAGCAUGAAAUCUUUCUUCUUUCAUUUUACAUCCAUAUUUGGUAAGCUUCAAUUACCAUGGAAAGGUUUAGCAAGAGAUUUUUGUUGAAAAUCAACUUUGAAGAAGCAGCUCUGGAUUAGUUGUCUCGCAAGAAUGAUCUGAACUGUACCUGUAGAUCGGUCAAGUUGGAAACUUUGAUGCUGCUUCUGAUGGAUGGUCACGUUCCCAAAGAAGCUGAGAAGCGAAGCUGAAGCAAUUUCGUUGCUGAAGAAUCUGUGUAUGAUAGUGCAUGCAUUUGAACAGAUGGAGGAAGGUCCCUGGUGAUCUUAUCUGGUUGCCUGUUGGAUGUUCUGCAGAAUGAUCCGGUAAAGAUGGCAUCAUGGAGAUCAUUAGGUCAAAGUGCAUGUGGCAAUUCUCAAAGGAAACAUCAACCUUUCUGGUGCCUGUGCUUGCACAGAUGGAGGAAAAGCCAUAGCAAAGAUAUUCAACAGGAUGGUCUGGAGAAGAUGGGUCAUGGAGAUCAUCAUGUCAGAGCGCAAGUUGUGGUAGUUCUCAAAGAAUACUGUACAUCAUUCUUUCUGAUGCAUGGUGCUUGUGCUUCAACAGAUGGGGAAGAGGAAUUAUGAAGUUGUUCAGCAGAAUUGUCUUGUGGAGAUGGCAAAGUAGAAUUCAUCCAGUUUAAGCAGAAAAGCUCUAAGUUCACACCCUGUAAGAUCGAUCUUGAGGUAAUGGUAUAUGAAAGGGUAUAUGAAUUGGUGAGUAUUGCCCAUGGGGGUAUGUAAUCGCUGGUGAAUACUGUAAGUUUCAUAAUUAUACCAUUGAUCUUCUUUUUUAAUAGUUUGUUAUGAGAGACCAGUACAGUACCAAUUAGCAAUCCUUGACUGACUCUUACUCGCUGAAUGCACAGAACAAUAUUGGUUCAGUGAACUAAACGUUUGUACUAAUGAGUCGGAUAAUGCUAACUGGUACCAUACUCAUGUCAUGGGACAUUGCAGUGAAAAUCUCCUAAACACAUCAGAAUUAAAAUGAUCAAGCAUUCACCCACCUUUUUUUUUAGAAGCGAGGCUGGAAUGUGGAGUUUCUCUAAUCAAGAGAUUGGUCACACCCUCACGCUGCCUGCUUUCUUGCCACCUCUCCAGUUAUGGCAAGAACAGCAGGUAGCACACGAAACGAGUGACUUAUCCCUCAGCUUGAGAAAAGCCCACAGGAGAGAACAAGAACUGGUGGGUGUUUCAUAGAGCUGUUUGAAUAGUUACGCACUACUUUACGUACAACUGGAUCAUGUUCUAAGGUGAUAAGCAGUUACUUCAUCAUGGUAGGGAUAUAGCAAGAAAGGAUUACCAGUCAUGCCUACAGUCAUUAUGAUUAGUAAGGUACAAAUGGCUUUAUGAAACACCCUCCUGUUCUAAAGAAAAGGGUUUAAGAAGCUUGAAAAUUUCAUUAUUUGAUCAUCCCCAACAGAUGAAAGUUUUCUAUAUGUUACUCAAUUUUUUUUUCAAUAGGAAGGUUUGUUUCUCAAGUAUAUGGUUGACCUAUGAAGUGUGUGUGCUCUAAUACAUGCAAUUUUUUUAUAAAGAGAUGAAAUUUCUCAUGUCUUUACAUCUUGAUCAUUCUCUGAAGGGACGAUGUAACUAAUCGAUGUCAGUGAUCAAAGUAGUCUUUACGCAUGGUAAGAUUUUUAUAUGACAUGUUGACAUGUAGUCAGAUUAAUGAAGUAAUCUAGUUAAAUCUAUAUGUUCUAGUUAAAAUUUUAGUAGUUGUACUGAUGAGUGCCUAUAUUUGUAGAUACAUUUGUAUCGGACUGUCAUCAGAAAGGCUAGCGAACAAACUUUUUAUGAUUAUAAACUGACAAUUUUUUACAGUUACAUGUAUAGUAGAAGUUAAAGUUAUAA